AUGUCGGGCGGAAAUGGGCAAAACUUGCACAGCCGAAAUCUGACGACGCUAGAAAACUCUCGCGUACCGCAAAACGGAGAAGAAGUGGACGAAAACGAGCUAAAAUUUGAAGUUUGCGAGAAUCCAGCAAACGAGGAUGAAGACUCAAUCAUCAUAAAAAGCAAAGAACAAAAUAACCAAUAUCCUCCAAAGAAAAACAACGACCAGUCCAAAGAUGCGAUGAAAAACUGCUAUCGCUACGGUUUCAACAAAGUGGAGAUUUGCGUCAAACCGCUAGUUUUACUUUGA